UCCAACUUGUUGUACAGAGGCACGGUAUAAAUACAGCUAACUCUGGCUUGGACUAAGAGACUUUCGCUUCAAAUAAGGGGGCUACUUCCCAAGACUUUUAAUCCAACACGGUUCAGACCAGACUGCACCAUCGACCAAGGUGGAAAGCAAGCCUGUGGGAGUUCAGAAAAAGCAGGUGUAGCUGGUUCCUUUGUGUUUCUGUUUGUUCUUGUGUUUUUGAUUUUUAAUUCAGUCACAGACACACCCCAGGCCCCAAUCCAAGUGCAGAUAUUUUUCUCUGGAGACAUUCUGAGAUGUCCUUUUUCAUACUCUUCCCUCAGUGGAUAUGGAUAUGGAUGUUGUCUGGGGAGACCUUUGUCUUAUUGCUGCUGGAGGCCCCCUUCAAAGGCUCUGCCUUGCCUCCAAUACGGUACUCUCAUGCUGGGAUAUGUCCAAAUGAUAUGAAUCCCAACCUCUGGGUAGACGCACAGAGCACCUGCAAGAGAGAGUGCGACACUGACCUGGAAUGUGAGACCUUUGAGAAGUGCUGUCCUAAUGUCUGUGGAACAAGGAGCUGUGUCGCAGCUAGGUACAUGGAUGUCAGGGGGAAGAAAGGACCUGUGGGGAUGCCCAAAGAGGCAACCUGUGACCGUUUCAUGUGUAUCCAGCAAGGUUCAGAGUGUGAUAUCUGGGAUGGGCAGCCUGUUUGCAAAUGCAAAGAUAGGUGUGAAAAAGAGCCAAGUUUUACUUGCGCAUCUGAUGGGCUUACCUAUUACAACAAGUGUUAUAUGGAUGCGGAAGCAUGUACCAAAGGCAUCACACUCAAUGUGGUAACUUGUCGUUAUCAUCUUACCUGGCCAAAUACCAGCCCUAUCCCACCAGAGACUACCGCUCGCCCCACUACUGCCUAUGCAGAGACAACCAUCACUGACAUACUUCCACCCAUACUAGUCAACAACCCAGUACAUCAGUCCGUCUACAUAGGAGAGACGGUUAGCUUUCUUUGCGAUGUCACCGGCCGACCUAAGCCCGAGAUCACUUGGGAGAAGCAGACGGACAACAGUGAGAAAAUUGUCAUGAGACCCAAUCACGUUCGAGGAAACAUUGUUGUCACCAAUAUUGCUCAGCUGGUGAUCUAUAACACACAAUUACAAGAUGCAGGCAUCUACACUUGCAGUGCUAAAAACAUUGGUGGUGUUGUCUGGGCAGAUUUCCCCUUGUCAGUCCUUAAAGGAGAAGCUACCUCUAUUGAAGCCUCACAGAACAAAACCCACUUUCCAACUGAUGAGUGUCUGAAGCAGCCUGACAGUGAAGACUGUGGGGAAGAGCAGACCCGCUGGUACUAUGAUGCGAAGAAAAACAACUGCUUUACUUUCAUCUAUGGAAACUGCAACAGCAAUCUGAACCACUUUGAGACCUAUGAAAGCUGCAUGUUGACUUGCAUGAACGGGCCCAUCAACAUCUGCAAUUUGCCAGCCCUCCAAGGUCACUGUAAAGCCUAUGAGCCCCGGUGGGCAUACAACAGCUUGACAAAACAAUGCCAGUCCUUCAUUUAUGGAGGCUGUGGUGGCAAUGAGAAUAACUUUGAGAGCAGAGAAGCCUGUGAAGAAAUGUGCCCUUUCCCCAGGAAUAUGCAUUGCAAGGCAUGCAAGGCUUGCAAGCCCCGGCAAAAGCUGGUGACCAGUUUCUGCAAGAGCGAUUUUGUUAUCCUGGGCCACAUAAUGGAGUUGACGGAGGACCAAGACUCCGGACAUGCGCUGGUGACUGUGGAAGAGAUUCUGAAGGAUGAGAAAAUGGGUCUUAGGUUCUUGGGGAAGGAGCCUCUAGAAAUUACUCUUUUAAAUAUGAACUGGAGCUGUCCGUGCCCCAACAUCACCACAGCUGAUGGUCAGCUCAUCAUAAUGGGUGACGUCCACAAUGGAAUGGCUGUUUUACAGCCAGACAGCUUUGUGGGGGCCUCUAGCAUCCGUCGUGUUCGGAAGCUACGCGAGGUCAUUCACAAAAAAACCUGUGAGCUACUAAAAGAGUUCCCCCCUGCUCUUUAACCUAUAUCUAAAUAACAUCAUCCUGAUACUAUCUGGCUCCGAGUUUGUCUCUCCUUCUUUAGGCUCUCAGAAAAUAUCAGUCCUCUUAUACGCUGAUGAUAUGGUUCUGGUCUCCCUUGCACGCAUAGCCCUUAGAAGGUUGCUACACAAAUUAGGUGAUUUCUGUAAAGAAGAGGCCUUAAACAUGAAUUAUGCCAAGACCAAAAAAGGCCUUGUAAGUUUAAGUGGACCAUAGAUGGAAUCCCUGUAGAUCAAUG